AUGCCACUCCAAUCCCGCUGGACGAUCCCCAUCCCCAAAUGCCAUCUCGCGACCCUCCUCUUCACCUCCCCCACGCACCCGCUCUCGCCCACCCACCGAUGCUUCCUCGACGCCGCCCGGCCAGACACCCACUACUUCACCGACCACACCUUCCGCCUGUGGAGCCAGCGGUUCGCCGCGGGGCUGCGCGCGGCCGGCUUGCAGCCCGGGGACCGCGUGCUCCUGUUCUCCGGCAACGACCUGUUCUUCCCCGUCAUCUUCAUGGGGACCAUCAUGGCCGGGGGCAUCUUCACGGGGGCGAACCCGGCCUUCGUGGCGCGGGAGCUGGAGUACCAGCUGCGGGACUCGGGGGCCACGUUCCUGAUAUGCGCGCGGGACAGUCUGGGGGCGGGGCUGGAGGCGGCUAAGGGGGCUGGAUUGGAGUGGGAGCGCAUGUUUGUGUUUGAUAGUGCUGUUUUUGACCUUGAGCUGCGUGGUGUAAAUCCGGGCUAUCGCUACUGGGGCGAGUUAAUCGCCUCCGUCGAGGAAGGGAGUCGGUUUGUAUGGGACGAUCUGACGAGGCCCGGGGCGGCGGCUACACAAACGCUGACGCUGAACUACUCGAGCGGCACGACGGGGCGGCCGAAGGGGGUCGAGAUCACGCACCAGAACUACGUCGCCAAUCUCCUGCAGUACAACUUCCUGUUCUACCUCUACCCGGACUGGGUGGAGCGGGGGGCGCGCGCGCGCUGGCUCUGUUUCCUGCCCAUGUAUCAUGCGCUGGCACAGAAUAUCUUCAUCGCCGCCGCGCUGCGCCGCGGGGUGCCCGUGUACAUCAUGCCCAAAUUCGACAUGCUCAAGAUGCUCGAGUAUACGGAGCGGUUCCGCAUCACCGAUCUCAUUCUCGUCCCGCCCGUCGUGGUGGCGUUGGCGAAGCACCCGGCCGUUCGCAGCGGUAAGUUCGAUCUGAGUAGCGUGGAGGGAGUGGCGAGUGGUGCUGCGCCCUUGGGCGCGGAGAUCUGCGAGCAAGUCGAGAAGCUGUGGGAGCCGGGUCGCAUUCAUGUUCGUCAGGGUUGGGGGAUGACUGAGACGACAUGUUCCUUGCUGGGCUGGGACCCUAGAAUCAAACCCGAUCCCACUUCAGUGGGCGAGCUGAACGCUAACUGCGAGGCCAAAAUCAUGGCUGAGGAUGACCGAACUGAACUCGGUCCGAACCAACGCGGUGAGCUAUGGGUUCGUGGCCAGAACAUAAUGAAGAGGUACUGGAAGAAUCCAGGAGCGACCAAGGAAGCUAAGACCGACGACGGAUGGUUGAAGACAGGCGACAUCGCCUUUGUGGAUGACCAAGGUCUGUUUCAUGUGGUGGAUCGGAAGAAGGAAUUAAUCAAAGUCAAGGGAAAUCAGGUCGCGCCAGCUGAAUUAGAGGCGAUACUGUUGGACCAUCCGGCGGUAGCCGAUGCUGCUGUCAUUGGCGUGCCAAUGUUUGACGAUGAACGUCCUCGAGCAUAUAUCGUGUUGAACUCCGGACAAGUCACCACAGAAAGGGACAUUCUCUCCUUCAUGGAUGGCAAAGUAUCGUCCUUCAAGAGAAUCACCGGAGGGAUCAUUUUCAUUGAUGCGAUUCCCAAGAAUCCAUCAGGCAAGAUUCUGAGAAAGAUGCUUCGCGAGCGCGCUAGUAGGGAGAUGCAGCCGGCUGCAAGACUAUAA